CGCGUGCUCGGCUGGGGUCACUGUCGUGCUGAAGCUGGCACCGGGAAUAUUCUAGAGGCAGAUGUGUCGGGCUCGGGCUGGGCCUGGUGGCUGUAGCUUUGAGGUUAUCCACUUGUUCCUGCUGCUUCACUAGCCAUCACUCAUCAGCCACUGUCGAUCGUCCGAUAAGGAUGACGUAGGCGUACAUAACACGAAGCUGUUGAGAUCAAGGGCAUGUUUGGUAAAAUGCUAUGCUAUUGAUGGACUGCAAGUAAAUGUUUGUGGAACUGAAACUCGAGCCGAGUCAAUUGGGCACUUGACAGCGAUGUGCCUAGACCUUUCCAUAUCUCACAUAGUCACAUUAGAGGCUUGUAUUGCCACUCUGACAUCUUACGUUCUGUUUUGUUCAUUUUGGUAAUCAGUCCUGGUUGCUGGGAGGGUUGUCAUUGAUGUCGUGGUAGAGAAGGCUAAGUUUCUCUAGAUGAUUCUGAAGUUAUCACUCAAAACAUCUUAAUUGUAUUGUAUGGCUGAGUAGCAAACCGAUCCACAGUGAUGAUGAGGUUCACUUAAUUAUGGGUUAGUUUCUAACUACAUGGGAGGGGUGGUGGUCUUGAAUAUACUUGAAGUGUGAUGAUUCCAUGGCAUACGUCUUACAAGUUGGAGAGGAACAGAGCUGCACUAACCAUUUACGGAUAUCCAUCAUCAGUGAAGGAGAAUCCAGUAAUGUCAAACGUUGGGAAAUCAACUAAUAUUCUAUGGCAUAAUUGCCCGAUUGGACAAUCGGAUAGACAGAAGUUGCUGGGACAAAAAGGCUGUGUUGUAUGGAUCACAGGACUCAGUGGUUCAGGGAAAAGUACUCUUGCUUGUGCGUUGAGUCGGGAGUUGCAUUACAGAGGCCACCUUACGUAUGUCCUUGAUGGUGACAACCUCAGACAUGGCCUAAAUCGAGAUUUAAGCUUCAAGUCAGAAGACCGUGCAGAAAAUAUACGAAGAGUUGGAGAAGUGGCAAAGCUUUUUGCAGAUGCUGGUAUCAUAUGCAUUGCUAGCUUGAUAUCUCCAUACAAGAGAGACCGUGAUGCAUGCCGUGCUCUACUUCCGGAUUCUAAAUUUAUUGAAGUAUUUCUGGAUUUGCCCCUACAAAUUUGUGAAGCUCGUGAUCCUAAAGGUCUGUACAAGCUUGCACGCACAGGAAAGAUUAAAGGUUUCACUGGAAUUGAUGAUCCAUACGAACCACCAGUGAAUGGUGAGAUAGUAAUCAAGAUGAAAGAUGGGGAAUGCCCUUCACCAAAAGCAAUGGCCAAGCAAGUUCUGUGCUACCUUGAAGAAAAUGGAUAUUUGCAAGCUUAGCCACAUACGCGAGAAGAUUGAUCUGAUUCUUGUGUGUCCAUUACUCGUGGACACAAGCAUGAUCCAUUGAUCCAGAAUAAAAGGCAUCCACACGAAGCAAGCAACAGAGGUGCAGUUCAUUCAGAGACAGAUACUGAUUCAUUCGUUUUAUUGUUGAGGCUAUUUGUUCUAUGUGUAGUUUACUGUGCUUGUAUAGCUGCAAUGUAUCUGCAUCAGCAAUUCAGCACGCAUUGGUUUAACUCGCGUUGACCCUGUGCGUGAAGACUGGUGGGUGUUCUGUGUGUUGCGACUUGUGUUUUUUUCCUAAGGAACUUUGCGAGUUGUGUUGGUAAUGUAUUUGAUAUAGAAAGUAAAUACAGAUAAAAUUAUCCAAAUUGUACACCAGUCGUUUCCACUUGGAAUAAAAGUCAAGGAAAGUUGUAACACC